UCUGUUUAUUCAGGCAACAUGUCCUCUUUCGUUUCAAGGACUGUCUUCAGACGACUUUGUCAAAUCAAGCAGCAGGAGGCAUCUUUUCUCUCUAAAUGUCUGUUCCACAGAAGCAUACCUGCUUUAUCAUCAACCCAGGAUUCGUCUGCUGAUAGCUGUCAGACGGUGACACUGAUCCCCGGGGAUGGGGUGGGACCAGAACUUAUGCACAGUGUCAAGGACGUCUUCCAAGCCGCAGGAGUUCCUGUUAAGUUUGAAGAAAUUUAUUUAAGUGAAACUAAUCCAUCCAUGAGUGCAAAUCUAGACACAGCUGUUAAAUCGUUCAAGAAGAAUGGGGUAGGACUGAAGGGCAUUAUCAGCACGCCCAGCCAGCUGAAGGGAGGGAUCCUACAGACCCUUAAUAUGAAGAUCAGAACUGAAAUAGACCUGUUUGCCAACGUAGUUGUCAUUAAAAGUCUGCCAGGAUUCAAGACAAGACACAAGAAUCUGGACUUUGUGAUUAUCCGUGAACAGACGGAGGGGGAGUACAGUGCCCUGGAACAUGAGACAGUACCUGGAGUUGUUGAGAGUUUGAAAAUCAUCACUAGGAAAAACUCAAAGAGAAUCGCCAAGUUUGCUUUUGACUAUGCCAUGAAGCACAACAGAAGUAAAGUGACAGCAGUUCACAAAGCCAACAUCAUGAAGUUGGGAGAUGGCUUGUUCAUCAAAUGCUGUGAGGAAGUGGCACAGUUUUAUCCCAAGAUCAAGUUUGACACAAUGAUUAUUGACAACUGUUGUAUGCAGCUUGUUUCUAAUCCCCAUCAGUUUGAUGUCAUGGUGAUGCCAAAUCUCUAUGGAAACAUUGUUGACAACCUUGCAGCCGGUUUAGUGGGUGGGGCAGGGGUAGUCCCAGGGGAGAGCUACAGCUCAGAUGUAGCAGUGUUUGAACAGGGUGCGAGACAUGCCUUUGCUGAAGCCAUAGGAAAGAACAUAGCUAACCCCACAGCGACUUUACUGUCGGCCUGCAACAUGUUGAAGCACAUCCACCUGGAUUACCACGCCAAGCUGAUCGAGGACUCUGUACACAGGGUCAUAAAGACCCAGAAGGUGAAGACCAGGGACAUGGGAGGCUAUGCUUACACCUCAGACUUCACACACGCUGUCAUAGACAGCUUACAACACUAGGUCCGAGCGAGCCCUCUAUCUAUUUAUUACUGUGUUCCUGGCUGUCAUUGUUGUUUUACUUUGUCCUAGGAUAUUGUUAUUUGUUGUUGAGUCCCUUCCUAUACUCCUGCUGUUCUUAAUAUGUUUUUUCAAAGGCAGUUUUAUCUCUUAUAAUGAACAUAAGCAAUUCAGAAAAUGAAUUGCUUGUAAAAGAUAAACACAAUAUUUUAUGUCAUCAUUGACUUUGAAAAUAAAUGGAAUCUCAAAUAA